UCCUAAUUUUUCUCUUCUCGUCCCUUUCAGAAUCUUUAGAGAGAGAUAACAACAUAUUGAGAAAAAAAGAAAGAAAAGGUAAGGCUGUGUGAGAGAGAACCCACCAAAGCGUGCACGAGAGAAAAAAAAAGCUUUGAUUUGUAUAAAAUCCCACCACUUCUCUCCUACCAUACCUUCAUUCACAUCUCUCUUUCUAUCUCUCUCGCUCUCAGUUUUGUGGGAUUGUUUCUUUUUAGGGGUUUUCUCAGGUCUUUUACUUAAAAGGGUUUCUUAGGGUUUGGUGAAGCUAUAGAUUUCAAUUUUAUACAUAGUUAACGGAGAGAAGAAAUCUUGUGUUGAUCAAUGGAGGGUAACAGAGAAAUGGGUCCAAAACUUCUUGAUUUGAUUCCCCAAGGACGAAAAUGGUACCAAGAAGACAAGAACAACACAGAUCAGGAGAAGAAACUUGAGCUAAGGCUUGGACCACCAGGUGGUGAUGAAGAAGAUCAUUCAGCGAUCAAGAAGAAGAACACAGAGACAAGAAACAUCAAGAAGGAAACAGAAGACAAAUCUUUCCACUGUUUCAAUGGCAAUCACUUCUCUUCUUCCAACAAAACCACUUAUGUUCCUCACAUCUCACAUAAAAGAACUGCUCCUGGUCCAGUGGUGGGUUGGCCUCCGGUUCGUUCGUUCAGAAAGAAUCUAGCGAGCACAAGCUCUUCAAAGCUAGGUAACGAAUCCUCCUUACAUGGAGGUCAAAUCAAUAAGAGUGAUGAUGGUGAAAAGCAAGUCGAACCUAAGAAAGAAGGAAUGUUUGUCAAGAUCAAUAUGGAUGGUGUUCCUAUUGGUCGUAAAGUUGAUCUCAAUGCUUAUAACAGCUAUGAACAGCUCUCUUUCGCCGUUGACAAACUCUUCAGAGGACUACUCGCAGCUCAGAGAGAUACCUCUGGUGGUGAAGGAGAAGAGAAACCUAUAAUUGGAUUGUUAGAUGGGAAAGGAGAAUUUACUUUAACCUAUGAAGACAAUGAAGGGGACAAGAUGCUUGUCGGGGAUGUUCCAUGGCAAAUGUUCGUUUCAUCGGUGAAGAGACUGCGUGUGAUUAAAAGCUCUGAGAUUUCAUCUGCCUUGACAUUUGGAUGGAGUAAGCAAGAGAAGAUGAAGCAUUGAAGAGUCUUUUUAGGAACUUCUAUUUCAGACAGAGGGUCUCAAAGCUUAUAAAUAUAUGUACAUCUGGUUUUUGUUAUAUAUAAGAGAUAAUCAUUUGUUUUUUGUUUAGAGAGACAUUCGAUCUGAUCUGAUCUGAUAUAUUCCCAUGUCUUAAAGACACUGGACGAUGAGAUUACAGAAGCGAUAUGUGUUUAAAAGCAUUUUCAUUAAUUAAGGAGAUAAUUAGAACAUACUGUAAUAAUUAUCUCAUGCAUGUCUGCAAAACUCUUUUUGAAAAAAGAAGAUGAAAUUUUUAUUCUCUGUAAAAGCUCUUUUUUACUUUUGUUCCUUCCAACUUUGGCUAAUACCUUUAAUCAUGUAAAAAGCUGAGAAUGAAAGGCCACUAUUGUUGUU